AUGUGGACCUAUCCAUGCGGCCGAGAUCUCUCAACACAUCGCUCGCUCUCUCCUAUGGCCUCGUCGACGGCGAGAUUGGCUCUGGCGGGUUGUCCGCCCUCUCUUCCGAGGACCUUUCCAUCUUCGCCGUUCAAACCAUCCUCUCAUCUUCAUCAAUCAACGCCCCCUACUCGCCCGCCCCCGACGGACGACAAGCCCCUCGUCCCCGCCAUGGCCGAAGCCAAAGUCCGCUACUUUACCACCACCCGCACCUUCCCUCCCCUGCACCAAUUGCGAAAUGAAGAGCUCUCCCAAAUGCUACUCGACUCGUUCUACUCGAUUCGGUUGGAGAGGUAUCACAGCCGCAGAUACAAGUUUGUGCGCAAGUUGAAAGCUGGCUCAACGCCUGCGCGGUAUGCGGUGCAUGAGAAGGAGAGGAGGCAGGAUGAAGAGGACAAGGCCGAGUUUGAUGAUGUGCCUAAGUGGGUGAGGGGUGAAGAGUGGUCUUGGGCGGGGUUGGAGACGUCUGUGCCGCUCAAGACGUCGGAGGUGCUCAGGAUCCCGCUGUACCCUUCCUCAGCGGCCUUUGUGCCCGUGAAGAGGAUGUAUUGGGGAGUGUGGGUGGUCCAGAUGGGAAGGAGAGGAGUUGUAAUCUCAUUACGGGCGAGGAGCGGAGGAUCGUCGACCCCAUUUCGGGGUUGUUGA